AUGGAGUUUUUUUCUGCAGACAUGAGGGUGUGCAUCAUUAUAGAGGUGUAUGCUGAUGUCUUCACUCCACUCACCACCAGCGACGGGGCAGCUGGACUCUGGCAGCCAUAUCUCUACGACAAGGGCAACGUGCAAGAAACUAAAUGGAACAAAGAGACGUUUGACUAUCUACUAAGUUGCCUCAGCUCUCCAGAUUCAGUGAAAAUGGGAAUCUUCCUCCAGUCUGGCUACAGUCUGUGCUCUGAAACUGCACCAGACCCCUCAUAUAAAGAUGCCGUGUUGGGUUUUCGCCAGCUGACUAAACGUGAAUUAGAUAUGUUCCCAGGAUACAGUUUUGGGUGGUUCAACACUGCUCUCAUGAUUGAAGGAAAGACAUACCUGCCCUGGCUUAUGGACUGGUUAAAACAAAGAAAUGUCAAGUUUCAUCAAAGAAAGAUUGGUUCAUUUAAAGAGUUGGCAGAUAGUGGUGCCGAUGUUAUCAUCAACUGCUCCGGUGUCCGAUCAGGAGACCUCCAGCCUGAUCCUGAGCUCCAGCCAGCCAGAGGACAGAUCAUCAAGGUAGAUGCACCCUGGAUAAAACAUUGGAUCACCACACAUAAUAUCUCGUCUAAAGGUAAUUCAGCGUACAUCAUACCCGGGAGUCGUUUAGUCACUGUGGGUGGAGUUUUCCAAGUAGGAAACUGGAAUCUGCAGAACAGUUCUGUUGACCAUAAAAACAUCUGGGAAGCAGCCUGCAAGCUUGAGCCCAGUCUGCAGCAUGCGCGGAUAGUAGAGGACUGGACUGGUCUCAGACCCGCUCGCAGCAAAGUUAGACUGGAGAGAGAGACCAUACGAUCUGGAUCAACCUCGUUUGAGGUCAUUCAUAACUAUGGACAUGGUGGUUUUGGACUGACCAUCCAUCGUGGAUGUGCUGAGGAAGCUGCUCGUCUCUUUGGACAGAUCCUGGAGCAGAAAGUCCUGCUAGCACACUCUAAAUCACGUCUCUAGUAGAUCUGGGCUUCUGGACAAUGUUAGACAUAAUUUCAUCAGACAUCAGCAAUAUUCUCCUUAAUCCCAUAACAACUGACAUACUGAUUCCAAAAGGAACUCAUAGAUUCCAUGAGUUUAAGAAUGUAUCCUUAACUACUGAGAUGUAAAUGUACAUUAUUUUUUAUUAUACUGUAAUAGAGUUUUGAAAUAAAAGAUAACAUAACAGAAUCAUAACAGAGCUGAAUUGUCAACAUGUUACUCAGCUAAUGUACAAUAAAGAAUCAGAUGCUAGCAUGAUUUA